AUGGCCGAAUCCGGCAAGGAUGCCAAGUUCUUUCAGCGCGGCAAGGUCGACGAGCUCCGCGCUGAGCUCAAUACCGACAAGAAGGACAAAGGAUGGGUCCGCAAGAAGACUGUCCUCAAGAAGAUCAUUGCCAAUGCUACCAUGGGCAAUGACAUGUCUGCACUCUUCCCCGACGUCGUCCAAUGCAUCAACAUCCAGGUUCUCGAGAUCAAGAAGAUGGUCUACCUCUACCUCAUCAACUACGCCCGAGCAAAACCAGAUCUCGUCCCAAAUGCGGUACCCGGCUUCUUGUCCGACUGCAACGACCGCAACCCGCUCAUCAGGGCGCUUGCUAUCCGAACAAUGUCGUACAUCUACGUUCCCACGGUGCUAACUGCAUUGAUCGAUCCUUUGCGACACUCGCUGAAGGACGCAGAUCCGUACGUUCGCAAGACAGCAGCUAUCUGUGUCGCGAAGCUGUAUAUGCAUGACAAGCGGUUGAUCGAGAAGCACUCAUUCAUCGGUAUGCUGAGAGACUUGCUAGCUGAUGCGAACCCCACAGUGGUUGCCAACGCAGUAGCAGCACUGGUCGAGAUCUCGGAACGAUCGGACAACAUUCAACUCAAGCUCAACCUCACCAUCGCCUCGAAGCUCGUGUCCGCCCUCGCAGAAUGCUCCGAAUGGGGUCAGACAUACAUUCUGGAAGCGCUCAUGUUCUUCGUACCCAACGACUUUGCCGAUGCCGAGAUCCUCGCUGAACGCAUCGCCGUUCGACUUCAACACGCCAACUCAGCCGUCGUCCUCACCUCCACCAAAGUCAUCCUCUACUUGAUGAACUACAUCGCCAGCGCCGAGUUCAAGGAAUCUCUCUGUCGCAAACUCUCCCCACCUCUCGUCACACUUCUCUCCUCGGGACCCGAAGUCCAAUACGUCGCACUUCGAAACAUCCUCCUCGUCAUUCAACGACGUCCUUUGGUGCUGCAAAACGAAGUCAAAGUCUUCUUUUGCAAAUAUAACGAUCCGAUCUACGUCAAAAUGGCUAAACUCGAAAUCAUCUAUCGACUCGCCAACGAGAGGAAUGUCGAGCAAGUACUUGCCGAACUUCGCGAGUAUGCGUCUGAAGUUGAUGUUGAUUUUGCUAGGAAAGCGGUGCGUAGUAUUGGCAGGUUGGCGAUCAAAAUCGAAUCUUCGGCAGAUAGGUGUAUCCAAGCAUUGCUAAGUUUGAUUCAGACCAAGGUGAAUUAUGUUGUACAGGAGGCGAUUGUGGUGAUUAAAGAUAUCUUUAGGAAGUACCCGAAUAGGUAUGAAAGUGUUAUUUCGACACUUUGCGAGAAUCUGGAUAAUUUGGAUGAGAGUGAAGCGAAGGCGGCGAUGAUUUGGAUCAUUGGACAGUAUGCUGAUCGGAUUGAGAACUCGGAUGAGCUGCUGGAAGAUUUCCUGUAUACUUUCCUAGAGGAGCCUGUUGAGGUGCAGCUUGCACUUCUCACCGCUACUGUAAAGCUCUUCCUCAAGCGUCCGACUGCGGGAGGAGAGUUGGUACCAAAGGUGUUGAAAUGGGCAACGGAAGAAGUGGAGAAUCCUGAUUUGAGGGACAGAGGUUUCAUGUAUUGGCGUCUGCUUUCCACCGAUCCGGAAGCAGCAAGGGAGGUGGUGUUGGGUGGCAAACCGGCGAUUUCAACAGAGACGGAUCGAAUGGAUAGGCAGCUACUCGAUCAGUUGUUGUUGCAUGGCGCAAGUUUGGCAAGUAUCUUCCAUAGACAGCCCCAGACGUUUAUCAGGGAUGCCAAAGCGAGAUAUGUUCCGGAUUCGCCAGCAUUAGACGAAAGUGCGAGGAGGUAUGCUUCGGCUCAUUUGUACAGUAAACCUGUUGCUAGGGGGCCGGUGAUGAAUGCUGCUUCGCUCAAUAACGGCAGCACUAGCAGCAGUAAUGAGAAGCAGGCUGCGAGGGAGGAGGUGGCAGAUAAGUUGCCGGAGUACUCUCAGGGGUCAGCUGCGGCGCCGGUUGGUGAUGCCAAGUCGAAGGGAGUUCAGAGAGCGGAUGAGGAGGAAGAGGAUGAUGAGGAUAGGAGGAGAGGUGGAGCAUAUGGUAGUCUCUUGAACGGCGGUGGAGAGGAUGGAGAGGCGGAUCCAUAUGCGAUGCUCGAGGAUGUAUUUGGGGCUUCUUCGAGCUCCAACUAUCAAGCUGAUAGGCCGACGCCCAAGUCUUCUUAUCUAGACAAUUGA